AUGGCUCCAGUCACGAACAACAAGCGCUCGCGCUCGCCUAGCCCGGAGCCGGUGCCGCGCCGAAUCAUCAAGCACUGGCGUUGCGAGAGCGACUCUGGGGCGCCCGAGGCUGGUCCUUCGUGGCGCCCCCGGGGCCUUUCUACGACAUCUAUCGCUGCUAGCGACGAAGAGCACGACCCACCCACGACCGACACGCGUCCAGCAUCUCCUGUUCUUCAGCAGCGUGAGCCUGGCAUUGCCGUCGCUGCUACGGACCCAGCCCUUCCUGAGACUAGCAAACAAGACACAACUAGCCUCGUCCAGCAACUUUCGCAGCUCCAGACGAAGAACGGCACAGGGAGUGUCCUUGAGACUCUCAACGACGAUCAAGUCGGCGAAGACGCGGAGAAGCUCGAUCGUUCUCGGUCUGCGACGCCUGUACCAGACGAACAUGGCCAGAUGACACCCCGCGCUCAUCCUCAACAACUCCCAGUCUCCUUCCCAAGCUCUUCCGAGCUGCCUCCUGCACUCAAGCGCCGCGUCGAACCGAAGAAGCCCAGGCAGAAGAUGCUUGGUACGGCCAUCCCGAGACGUUCCACUGCAUCACCGCAGUCCGAUUCUUUGAGGUCGCCGCCGAGCUCUCAACCUGAUUCUGCGCCGUUCGACAACAAUCCCGAUGAACCGGACGCUUAUCCUAGUUCUAGCCAGGAAAGCGUGGAGAGCACUAAGACAACCUCGUCUGAGCUUGAAAGGGCAAAUGUUGACUUUAAUGGAGAUCGGGAGACGUCAUCUGACGAUGAUAGCCAGUGA